UUCAAAUCUCCGAUGAAGGUUUUAUGGGAUUUGAGUAUGAAGAUGAAGCUAACUAUAACAGUCCUCACCUGCUUAGUACUUUGGUCGGUCAUGUUAGUAUCUUUCUCAAACCUCUUCAAAGGCCACCUUCUUGGCGCUAUAGUCAACGAUUCAAAUGAUUCCGACAAACCUAGGGAUAAACUGUUAGGAGGUCUUUUAACUGCUGAUUUCGAUGAAGAUUCUUGUGUGAGUAGGUAUCAUCAAUCUUCCUUGUAUCGCAAGCCAUCUCCUUACAAGCCUUCUGAAUAUCUUAUCUCUAAGUUAAGAAGCUAUGAGAAGCUUCACAAGCGUUGCGGUCCAGACACAGAAGCUUACAAAGAAGCAACAAAGAAUCUUGGCCAUGAUGAUGAGAACUAUGCAAACAAGUCCGUUGGUGAAUGCAGAUACAUAGUGUGGGUCGCAGUUUACGGUCUUGGAAACAGAAUACUAACUCUUGCAUCUGUCUUCCUCUACGCACUCUUGACAGAGAGAGUUGUUCUCGUUGAUCAAAGUAAAGACAUAAGUGAUCUCUUCUGCGAGCCGUUUCCAGGUACUUCAUGGUUACUCCCUCAUGACUUUCCAUUAAUGAACCAAAUCGAUGGCUACGACAAAGGAUACUCUCGUUGUUACGGAACAAUGUUGAAGAAUCAAACCAUUAACUCCACUUCAAUCCCGCCGCAUCUGUAUCUUCAUAUUCUACAUGAUUCGAGAGAUGAAGACAAGAUGUUCUUCUGCCAAAAGGACCAAACAAUGAUCAAUAAAGUCCCUUGGUUGAUUGUCAAAGCCAAUGUCUACUUUAUUCCAUCUCUAUGGUUUAAUCCAACUUUCCAAACCGAAUUAACCAAGCUGUUCCCGAAGAAAGAAACCGUCUUCUACCACUUGGCUCGAUAUCUUUUUCACCCGACGAAUCAAGUUUGGGGUAUGGUCACUAGAUCCUACGAUGCUUACUUAUCAAGAGCAGACGAAACACUUGGAAUACAAGUAAGGGUUUUCAGCAGACGCGCUGGUUAUUUACAGCACGUCAUGAACCAGAUUGUAUCCUGUACACAAAGAGAGAAACUGUUACCUGAAUUAGCUACACUUGAAUCACAAGUCACUAAUACAUCAAGAAGCAAGAAACUUAAAGCUGUUCUUGUCACAUCUCUCUAUCCAGAAUAUUCUAGCAACCUAAAGAAUAUGUAUUGGGAACGACCAACAGCGACAGGAGACAUAAUACAAGUCUAUCAGCCAAGUGGAGAAAGGUUUCAGCAAACAGACAAGAAGCUUCACGACCAAAAGGCCCUCGCGGAGAUGUAUCUUCUGAGUUUAACUGAUAACAUUGUCACAAGCGCAAGGUCUACGUUUGGAUAUGUUGCUUAUAGUCUUGGAGGGUUAAGGCCAUGGUUACUUUAUCAACCAAUGAGAGGCAAGACUCCUGAUCCACCAUGUGUUCGUGCUGUAUCCAUGGAGCCUUGUUUCCUUACUCCUCCCACUCAUGGAUGUGGAGCUAAGAAGAGAACUAACUCGGCCAAAGUCGUUCCUUUUGUUAGACAUUGUGAGGAUCUUUGGCAUGAUGGGCUUAAACUAUUUGAUGAUAAUAGGGAUGAGUUAUAGAUGUUAUUUCACUGAAAACAGAGAAACUUGAAUGAAUUUUUAUUGUAUGAAAGGCAAAUUUAUUUGGUUUUGAGUACAGAUGUCUUACAAAAAUAUAAAUUGAUUCAAUGAA